AAACAAUUCUUUCUACAUAAAAUGACGACUGUAGAGAACAUAACAUCAACACCGGCGCAGCGGUCACCGUGGCACUCACCGGUGCCGUACCUCUUUGGAGGACUAGCGGCCAUGUUGGGUCUCAUCGCUUUCGCUCUCUUGAUUCUUGCGUGCUCGUAUUGGAAACUUUCCGGUCAUCUCGACGGCGACGAAAGAGAAGGUAGUGAGAGAGAUAUUGAGGCAGGUGAAGUCGAAAAGAAAAAUACAUAUGAAAACUUGGAAGUGCCAACAUUUCUUGUGCUCAUGGCUGGACAAGAGAAGCCAACGUUCUUGGCUACACCCAUUUCCAGUAGAGCUUCAUCGUUUGGGAGUAACAGUGAGAAGAGAGAGAAAAAGGACGAAGGAAGAGAAAAGCAGAAACAUGAGAGUGGUGUUCAGGUACAAAUGGUAUGUAUGGAGACCCAUGAAACUACACAUCAGGUCCCUUAAUUUUUUUCUGAGUUUUUUUUCUUUUUUCUGAGGGGUCUCUUGACGGUCUUGAGUGGUGAGAGCUCUUAUUAUAGGUUCUUGCUAGUAGCUGUUGGGUGUUCUGAAUUUGAGGUUGCAUGUUAGAUUAUGAGGGUU